AUGGAUGUCGAAUAUCUCUCCUGGGGCUUUCAUGAGGCAAGCGUUCCUCAGAGCCAGCUGGAACUUAUGGCACAGGGUAUUUCCGUAGCGUCGAAAGAGGACCUGGUCGGGUCGGGCGAAACGUUAAGCGAGACCUCUGCAGAUUCUGACGCUAUGGAAUAUUCCGUGAUGAAAGAUAGUCUCAUGGCUCGCCAACCAUUCUGUGACUCGCAUGCGAAUGGUGGGUGGCAUAGCAUGUGGAAGGCGGUGAACGGCUUUGGUGGCAUCCUUGAAGCUACGAUGCUUGCUCAUCGACGUAGGUCAGAGCAUCACGAGAUGUCUCCAUUCGAAAAGUGUUGGGAGAGUUGGAGUAGCGGGCCGAAUGAGGAAAACCAUGGGACACUACGAUAUCGCACCGGAGUUGCUGCCGUAUCACACUCGACUAACACUAAACAAAACGCUGGGGCUCUUUCGAAGAUAAGAAGUAUGCAUCUUCAUUCUACAACCGGCCUCUGUGGCAUGCGUCGAGGUCGUCACCGCUCACCAUUAACCCGUCCGAUACACAACCACUAUAAAGCAAUCCUCGAAGCGGAAUCUACCAUCUACGUUUCGAGCCAUGAGAAUUGUAUUGGAUUCACUUUAGGCUUUCCGUGUUUCAUUCGUAACAAUAGGGUGCAAGUAAAGACAAGCGGAGGAAGCGUUGAUAAUAUAUUGACAGAAUGGAUAUGGGUCCAUUUUUGGGCUUGUUUAGUUGUUAUGAAUUUGAGUGACUCCGAAAGUGGCGACAGAAAACCUCCAAAACCGGAGUCGAAACAUCGUGAAAUACAUUGGCGGGAUGGAAUUGGUCUCGAUAGCAAGGGAAAUCAAUUCAUCGAGUUAAACUCUGAGGUGAGAAGCGUAGGAAUGGAGAGAGAAAGUCUAAUGCUUAGCGUUUCCUUGAGUGGCCCUCAAAGCGCUAUUGGGGAACUGGCCUUUGUACUAGGCAAGGUUCCUGGAAAUGAAGCCAGUACGGGAUUUGACGCCAACGAGUGGGGUUGA